UUUAUAAAAAAACACUGUUCAAUGCACAUAGUCCAAUAAAUAUAACUGAAUUUUACCAAUUCCAAUACUGGAACAACGUUGGAAAGAGACAACUAUAUUGUCUCAAUGCUAUACAUUUGACGUUUCCAGUCUGUUGUUCUGAACUGUCAAACUCUCUGAAAUUGUUUAAUAGCAGUGUGCAUCGAGAAUAAAACAGAACUAUUUUAUCCUUGGGAAUUUCAGUGAAUUUUUUUUUAUAAUUUUACGAUGGCAGAAUGUCUUCAGAUUUCACAAAAUAAUCGAAAUAAUUCAAACGAUGACGACGAUUACGAUGACUACGAAGAGUAUUGUGAAAAUUUCACAUUUUCAGCAACAUCAACGUGUUGCGUUUGCAAUGGUUAUUAUGCUCCGAGUUUUGGUGAGCCGUUGUGUGGCACAUGUCAUGCGUUUUUAUUUCCAGUCGCUGCCGAAGAGAAACGCUCAACAGAUUUAUCAGACAAUGACGAAGAUUCGGGCAACGAUGAACCACCAUACAAAGAUCCAGUUCCACAUCGGAUACCAGAAAUAGUACGAGUCGACCAACCAGGCGAAGAAGCAGAUGACGAUUUUAUCUAUUUUCCGCCAUUUCAUGUGGACCGUGUAUUAUCACCGGCCGAUGAUCAAAACGAACAUCCAAACAGUCCAGCAACGGCUGCAUCAACAUCGAGAAAUAACGAUCGCAUGGCCAUUUAUGAAAAUGCAUUUUUAGGCAAUCGCCCCGAUCCCGAAGCACCACGAAAUCUACGACAGUAUUUAAAUGCACUUACUGAAGGUCCACAUGAAAGACCAAUCAACGCUAAUCAAAAUGCCAUUCGACAAGUGGAUGAUGCAAAUAACGUAGCGGCCCCAAUGGUUGCAAACAAGCCUAACACAAUUGCUGCACUUCCGGUCGAAGUUUUACUUGUGAUAUUCUCAUAUUUGGACGACAUAUCUCUGUGCCACGUCGGAGAAGUAUGCAAACAAUGGAAAAAAAUUCUCGAAAUUCAUACCCCACAACAGCUGUGGCAACGAUAUACCAGAACUAGAUGGCCGUUGUAUCAUCAAAUUACACACACAACUAAUUGGUUUAAGAUUUAUUCAUCACUGAUGAAAUCAUGUUUUUGUCGUACUUGUGUCAUACAAAUGACAUUACGAACACCACAACAACGAGAGAAUCAUUUUCGAUCCAGACGCCUACGGGGUGAUAUUCGCACAUUAACCGCCGAUGCUACGGAAGGAAUUGAAGCUGUUCCACUUGAUAAUUCACUUUCACAUUGGCAAGCAUCGAUCGUUGGACCCACCGGCAGUCCGUACGAGGGUGGAAAAUUCUUUUUACAUAUUUUGAUUCCGUUUUCAUAUCCAAUGCAUCCGCCGAUUGUACGAUUCUUGACCAAGAUUAUCCAUCCCAAUGUGAGCCGGCACGGAGACGUUGGUAUUGAUAUAAUUCAGCACAAUUGGUCGUUAGCAUUAACCAUAUCAAAGCUACUGCUAAGCGUACAAAGUCUUCUUACUGAUCCAUUCACAGAGAUUUGCAUGGAACCCGAAUUAGGUCGUUUAUACGAACAAGAUAGAUCACGUUUCGAGGCGUUGGCACGUCGAUUUACUUGGAAAUACGCAAUGCAAGAAGUAAUUCCAUAAAUCGACUGAACAUUUAUUGAUAAUUUAAUCUACAUGUGCUUAUACCAGUAGUGUGCUUCCCCCAGUGAUUUGACGAAAUUUUUUUUUUCUCUAAAAAUCAUCUUCUCAUGAAAAAUUUUCCUCGCACACUACUGGCUUAUAAUAUAUUCCUUAAUUCUAUUUAAUAUCGGCACAUUUAUUUAAUAAUAAAAGAUUAUUCUCUGCAUUCAACAUGUAGCUGGAAAUAAAGUUAUGAAUCUAUAUAAAUAAUAUA